AUGGCGACCAUUCUCGCCUACAUCGACUACUGCCUCGCUGUCUGGGUUGCUGCAAUUGUGUCGGCCUACCUGCUCUCGGCUGUCGGGGUUCCUAAAGCCGACUUUGCGGCCCGAUCGCUGGCCUCAUUGUUGGCACUAAUCACUAGCUCGCUCUACGGUGUCGUCGCGUCAGUUGCCCUCCGCCUCGUUGGCUACGGCCAGCUCGCGCAAUGGACCGUAGCCCGCAGUUUCAAGUACAGCAUGCGCCUGGCGACGGGGGUGACGUUUGACAUCGAAGACCCGCAUGGCUACCUUAACAAGACCCGUCCCGCCGUCAUCGUGGGUAACCAUCAAACCGAACUCGACGUGCUCAUGCUGGGUUGCAUGUUCCCCAAGUACUGCAGCGUGACGGCCAAGGCUUCGCUGAAGUGGGUUCCCUUCCUGGGCUGGUUCAUGUCCCUGAGCGGCAGCAUCUUCCUUCACCGCACCAACAGCAAGGAUUCGCGCGAGAAGAUGCGCGGCGCCGCCGACGAGAUCCGCAACAAGCGCCAAAGCGUCUACAUGUUCCCCGAGGGCACGCGCAGCUAUGCCAAGAUGCCCUCAGUGCUGCCUUUCAAGAAGGGUGCCUUCCACCUCGCCGUGCAGGCGCAGGUGCCCAUCAUACCUGUCGUCGUGGCGAACUACAGCCAUAUCUACUACCCCAAGGGGUUCGUCUUCAAGUCCGGAAGAAUACCUUGCAAGGUUCUUGAACCCAUCUCAACCGAAGGGCUCACCGCCGCCGACGUUGACGGGCUGGUGAGGGGCACUCGCGAGUUGAUGCUCAAGGAGCUCCUCACCCUGACAGAGAAGGCACGUGGGCAAGCUGGUGCCGUUCGCGAGACGCCCGGAGCUAACGGCUUCGCCAUGUCGACGGGGACCGAGCUCAGAGUUGCUGCAUGA